AUGGAGUUUAGGGUGAGCAAGGCAUUGCUGCCAAUAGUAUGCAUUUUAUUAGUCAUUCUUAGCCAUGCAUUACCAAUCUCCGCCGCCAGACAUCGCCGUAAUAUGCUUGCCAAUGACCUCGGGGCCACUCCUCCCAUGGGGUGGAAUAGCUGGAAUCAUUUCUUCUGCGAUAUUGAUGAGGAAAUGGUCAGAGCAACAGCUGAUGCAAUGGUUUCAACUGGUCUUGCAAACCUUGGGUAUAAAUAUAUCAACAUAGACGAUUGCUGGGCUGAAAAAGAACGAGAUGCCAAGGGUAAUUUAGUACCCAAGAAAUCCACAUUUCCUUCAGGGAUAAAAGCUCUCGCUGACUAUGUUCACAGCAAGGGUCUUAAGUUGGGAAUCUACACUGAUGCAGGCACUUAUACCUGUAGCGGUACCAUGCCAGGUGCUCUUGGUUAUGAGGAACAAGAUGCCAAAACCUUUGCGGAAUGGGGAAUAGAUUACUUGAAGUACGAUAACUGCUAUAAUCAGGGCAUAAACCCAACUGAUCGUUACCCUGUGAUGACCAGAGCUCUAAGGAAUGCUGGCCGACCUAUCUUCUUCUCACUAUGUGAAUGGGGAGAUAUGCAUCCAGCUCUUUGGGGUUACCAGGUAGGCAACAGUUGGAGAACUACAAGUGAUAUUCAAGACACGUGGGAUAGUAUGAUGUCUAAAGCAUUUGAGAAUGAAGUUUAUGCUGAUUAUGCUAGGCCUGGUGGCUGGAACGAUCCUGACAUGCUUGAAGUUGGAAACGGAGGAAUGACAAAAAAUGAAUAUAUAGUGCACUUCAGCUUAUGGGCAAUUUCCAAGGCUCCGCUUCUCAUAGGCUGUGAUGUUAGAGAUAUGUCGAAUGAUACCAAGGAGAUUCUUUUCAAUAAGGAGGUGAUUGAUGUGAACCAAGAUAAGCUUGGUGUUCAAGCUAAAAGGGUUCGGCAAGAAGGCGAUCUUCAGGUUUGGGCAGGGCCCCUUUCUGGUUAUAGAGUUGCUCUACUAAUUAUUAAUGGCCUCAAUUCGGCCAGCUCCAUGGGAGCCAAGUGGGAAGACAUAGGGCUUCCUCCCAAUACUCCUGUAAUCGCUAGAGACCUGUGGGAGCACAAGACACUGGAGACACAGUACGUUGGGGGUUUAUCAGUUGAUUUAGAGUCUCAUUCAUGCAAGAUGUUCGUCCUUACGCCUGUAUUAUCUUGAACAAGA